AGUCCCAGAAGGCCGUGCGGCCUCAACAGAGGGCGCUUCAGUUCCCAAAGCUACCCCUUCGGCCGAAGCUGCAUCUGGUGGUCGCGGGGUCCUUUAGUGGCCACCGCGUACCGCGCGUUGCUUCUCUCGGCGUCUUCCUUCCUCACCCUGAGGCCGCCGCCAUGAAGGAUUCGCUGGUGCUGCAGAGCCGUGUCUCGGCGCACCCGGACUCCCGCUGCUGGUUCCUGGCCUGGAACCCCACGGGGACCCUGUUGGCCUCGUGCGGCGGCGACCGUAAAAUCCGCAUCUGGGGCUCCGAGGGUGACAGCUGGAUUUGCAAGUCUGUCCUUUCUGAAGGCCAUCAGCGCACCGUUAGGAAAGUGGCCUGGUCACCCUGUGGAAAUUACCUGGCCUCUGCCAGCUUUGAUGCUACCACUUGCAUUUGGAAGAAGAACCAGGAUGAUUUUGAGUGUGUAACCACUCUUGAGGGCCAUGAAAAUGAGGUCAAAUCAGUGGCUUGGGCCCCAUCUGGCAACCUCUUGGCUACCUGCAGCAGAGAUAAGAGUGUGUGGGUCUGGGAAGUUGACGAAGAGGAUGAGUAUGAAUGUGUCAGUGUCCUCAACUCUCAUACACAGGAUGUUAAGCAUGUGGUUUGGCACCCGACCCAAGAGCUUUUGGCUUCUGCCAGCUAUGAUGACACAGUGAGGCUGUACCAGGAAGAAGGGGAUGACUGGGUCUGCUGUGCUACCCUGGAAGGUCAUGAGUCCACUGUAUGGAGCUUGGCCUUUGAUCCCAGUGGCCAGCGUCUGGCAUCUUGUAGUGAUGACCGUACUGUGCGCAUCUGGCGCCAGUAUCUACCAGGCAAUGAACAAGGGGUGGCAUGCAGUGGCUCUGACCCCAGCUGGAAAUGUGUCUGCACUUUGUCAGGCUUCCACACCAGGACCAUUUACGACGUUGCUUGGUGUCAGCUGACAGGGGCCCUGGCUACAGCUUGUGGAGAUGAUGCCAUCCGAGUGUUUGAGGAGGAUCCAGGCUCAGAUCCACAGCAGCCCACCUUCUCUCUGACAGCCCAUCUGCGUCAGGCCCAUACCCAGGAUGUCAACUGUGUAGCUUGGAAUCCCAAGGAGCCAGGGCUCCUGGCCUCUUGCAGUGAUGAUGGAGAGGUGGCCUUCUGGGAGUAUCAUCACCAGCCUGCAGGCCUCUGAGCUAUAGC